GUAGAAAUAGUGCCACCUGUAGUUCCAAAGAGUAAAGCAGUUGCGGAUGAGUUGAUAAUUCUGGAUGAUAGCAGUGACGAAGACAAUAAAAAUAAAUUUGCUAAAGCACCUCCAGAAGUGAUUGAGAUAAUAAGUUCAGAUGAGGAUGAAGGCUUGACUGUUUUAAGCGUUGAUAAAGCAGACGAUACUGAGACUCAAGUAGCCGGUCUGCAUACCAAUGAUCGUUUCAACGUUCCCGAUGACCAAGGUCGAAUCUUGGUCAAUGUUGGACAUCCGCCCAAUGAGCCAGAUAUUUUUGUACCUCAAACUAUAGCGAAGAUUAUGAAAACUCACCAGAUUGGUGGUAUAAGGUUCUUGUAUGAUAAUUUAGUAGAAUCACUUGUGCGAUAUCGGUCAAGCCCUGGUUUUGGUUGUAUACUCGCUCACAGCAUGGGCCUUGGAAAGACACUGCAAUGCAUCUCAUUUAUAUCAGUUUUUCUUGAGCAUACAACUGCAAAGAGUGUGCUAUGCAUUGUGCCAAUUAACACACUACAAAACUGGGUGUCUGAAUUUGACAUGUGGUUGCCAAGGAACAGUAGUGAUCCUGGUUCAUCUCAAACGACUGGUGAUGGUGUGAACGACGGCUGUAAUUCUUCCAGUGAUAAUGGUUUUUGCAGACAGUUUCCAGUUUACGUUUUAAAUGAUGGUUAUAAGUCCACUCAAUCUAGAGGCAAACUCAUUGACCAGUGGUAUGAGACUGGGGGCGUGUUACUGAUGGGAUACGAGAUGUACCGAUUGCUGUCGUUGAGACGAGGCGAUCCCAACGCCAUAAAGAAGCGAAGGAAAAAGGCUGCCGCAAAGAAAGAACCAAUGAUUAUUGAUCUCGACGAAGAAGAUAAAAUAACAAGUAUUCUCUCAAAAGUACAUAUAGCAUUAAGUAACCCAGGUCCAGAUCUUGUAAUAUGUGAUGAAGGACACAGGAUCAAGAAUAGUCACGCAAGCACUUCACAAGCCUUGAAGAAUAUACGAACAAGACGACGUGUGGUUUUGACUGGCUACCCAUUGCAGAAUAACCUUUUGGAAUACUGGUGUAUGGUUGACUUCGUACGACCUAAUUUCCUCGGAACCAAACAUGAAUUCUCAAAUCUAUUUGAAAGACCUAUCCUAAAUGGCCAGUGUACAGAUAGUACAUCAAAGGAUGUUCAAUUAAUGCGAUAUCGAGCACACGUCCUUCACAGUCUGCUGGAGGGCUUCGUUCAACGGCGUGGAUUUCAGGUUCUCACCAGCUCUCUACCUCACAAGGAGGAACAUGUGGUGUUUGUGCGGCUGACACCGUUCCAGCAAGGCCUCUACAAUAAGUUCAUGCAGUACUUUACUGAGAUGGGUGCUGGUGGCUGGUGCUCAUCUAACCCAAUCAAAGCCUUCUCUGUCCUUUGCAAGAUAUGGAACCACCCCGAUAUUCUGCAUGAUGUUCUCCUACAAAAAACGGACGCAAUGGCCGAUCUUGAUCUCGAUAUUCCGGACAUCAACACGAAAGGGAAAAAAUGUGGCAAAAAAGCGGAUACGCUAGCUGGCAAUGACGUUGCAUCGAGCAGUAACAUGGAAAGUAAUUCUGAUAACAUCACAUACGUAGAAAAAGUGAAUCGCAUUAUAUCAUUUGAAUGGGCAAGAGAUAUUAUGAAGAAUUAUCAACCCCUCAAGUUAUCCUAUGGCAGCAAAAUGAUAUUAUUGAUGAAGGUUAUAGAGGAAUCCAUCAAACUUGGGGACAAGUUGCUUGUGUUCAGUCAGAGCCUCGGAACAUUGUCAUUAAUUGAAAAGUUUCUGAGCCAGAGGAAGCUACCGAGGCCGCCGAAUGCCACCGAAGACAUGCCAACCAUAUGGCAAAGAAAUGAAUCUUAUUUCCGACUAGAUGGAGGAACUCCCCCAUCGGAACGAGAGAAGAUGAUUAGUCAGUUCAACAAACCAAAUAACAAUAAGCAAUGGCUGUUUUUGUUAUCAACAAGAGCUGGAUCUCUUGGUAUUAACUUAAUUGGUGCUAACAGAGUUGUUGUGUUUGAUGCGUCUUGGAACCCAUGCCACGAUGCCCAGGCUGUCUGUCGUGUUUAUCGCUACGGCCAAACAAAGAAAUGUUUCGUCUAUAGGUUUGUGACCGACAAAACAUUGGAGAAGAAAAUAUACGAUCGCCAGAUUUCAAAACAAGGAAUAUCGGAUCGUGUUGUGGAUGAGUUAAAUCCAAAGUUAUGCCUCACGAAAAAGGAAGUGGAGUCCUUGAUGGAUUUUGACGAAAGCGAUGAACCGUAUGAAGAUUUCAGUCACCUUAAAGAUAAAUAUAACGACAAUAUCCUCAAAGAUAUUUGUGAAGAACAUAGCAAUAUAUUAUCUAAGAUACCCACCACAGCAUCUAUUACAAAGGCCAGUAGCAAAUGUUCGUCCAAUGCAGUGUACACCUGUACCGAUGGUGCCCGUCACCAAAAAUUCACAGAAUGUUCAAGAUAAACUGGAGAACCUAAAGCAAGCAGGUGUGUCAGUUCAAAGAAUCACCUGCACAACAGACAUAGUACUGCCAAAUACUAACACAUCGACAACAGCAAAAUCACAAAUCAUCAAAACUGGUGAGAGUGUGACAUUUAUAAAAACACAGAGAGGAAUGUACCUCCGAACUAAUGAUGGCAGGAUUCUGGCUAUCAGAGGUAAUGGAAACUUAGAGGCAGGGACAUCAAAUUCUCAGUCUACAACAACCUCAGAAACACAUAACCAGUUGGUUGACCAAUCUGGUCAACAUCCAAACCGUAACUUUCCGUGGAAACCACUGCUAUCAUCGGCAUCGGAAGUCACAACAAUGACCAAUUCAAACGAAUUGCGAAUGUCAACCGGUGCAAAAGUCUUACAGGCGCCAUCAAACUCCACUGCUACGAGUCCACAGAUUGUUCCACUUGCUGCAACCUGUUCAAAUGAUUUAACCACCAACAGAUUCGAGAUGCAACCUCAAAUGGCUGCAAAUUGCUGGAGUGGAAACAGAAAUGAGAGCGCGCCAUUCACUACACAAAACCCUUUGUGGCAACCGUACUCUGGUGCUGCCACCACAAUGCCAUCCACUUACAUGCAAGGAAAUCCAUUCAAUGCGCCAAAGUAUUCGUAUCCACAAGGAACAAACGCUUUACAAAAUACUGGACAGUCGACCAGCAAUGCUAGUGCUAGUAUGGGACAGGUGCCCCAAACCGAAAACAUAUUCUCAUCUUCAAGUCACCAAAGUGUACAUAGUUCCGAAUGCCUACCUAGCUUAUUGCCAUCUGCACAAGGCAUGGAUUCUGCUAACUUAGAGACAACCUUGCCUAAAGAAGCUGUUUCGGAUCUAGAAGAUAUACUCUAACUUCAUUAAUUCAGGAAGGGUUUCUCCAGCGUAAAGUAUUUUCUUUUUAAAUGGAUGUCACCCAGGAAGCAAACAAUUUGCAAAAAGGAAACAGAAAAAAAAAACGUGAUUAAAAGCAAAAUAAAAUUUCUCGUUUCUGUUUGGUUUAAAACAGUCUGAAGCCGGACAUACACUGCGCCAAUUGUCAUUGGCUGACACGAUGUAAUAGAGAACAUGACGCGACGUAGCAUGCAUAAUGAAUCAUUUCUAAUGACAAUCUCCUGAGACUGGCACCGACAAUCAUCAGAUGGCGUCAUGUCUUUAGGUGCUCACCAAGAAACAAGGUGCGCCCAGCUUAGAGAACCAUGUUGUGAGAAGGCUGAUCGUUCCCAUAUUGUGGCAGGUUUUAACUGAAUUAUUGUAUAUGAUAGCAAUAAAUACUGUAUUUAUUCGAAUAAAGGCCCUGGGUUAAGAAGGGUUUUUUGUGGCGGCAUUGUUUUUUUUUUUUUUUGUGUGUGUAAAAUGGAUACGUGUAUAUUUAAAUAAACACCCCUUAAUUUCACUGCAAAUGUGAAACUACUACACAACAUUAUUUUCAAAAUGUGUUAUUGUACGUAUGAUCAUAAAGACUUAUUGAUCCAACCAUGUUAGAAAAGGUGUAAUUCUACUGGAGAAGAACAUUAAUAGAAUGUGUCGAGAAUGAUGUUACUUCCGUUAGUUUUGUUUUACAGUCAUUUAAAAUGGGGGGGGGGGGUA